AUGCGGAUCCCCUUAAUGAGAUCGAGACUCUGCUCUUCCUGUGUCAACUACGAGAACUUUUCAUCUGUUUUCAUUACCGAUUGUAUGACGUCAAGACUAAGUGUACUCCCUGACGAGCGACGUUACCUGCAAACGAAGCAAAAGAAGAAGACUUGUAACCCUGUUUUCGAUGAGCACUUCGGGUUCCACAUCCCUCUUCGGUGCGUGAGCGAGCGCAGCCUCCGAGUGAGCGUGUUCGACGGCGGCAGACACAAGCGGCAGGCGGCCAUCGGGCACGUGAUCUACCCCCUGGCGCAGGUGCCCGCCGACUCCGCCGCCGCCGUGGCCGCCUCCAACGGCUCCACCACCAACAACAUCAUCGUCAGAGAUCUGUCCAGGGAGGACGAGUCGGUGCCCAACAAUGACCUCGGAGAAAUCCUCGUGUCCCUGACCUUCAACGACAACCUGCACCGCCUGUCCAUCACCGUGUUCCAGGCCAAGGGAAUCAAGGUAAACGACGGCGAGGUGGUGUCGUGGGUGAAGGUGUCCCUCAUGAACCAGCGUCGGGCGGUCAAGACGAAGAAAACAACUGUGGUGGCGGCGUGCGAAGAGCCUCAGUACAACGAGUCCUUUCACUUCAGACCCCCGCCCGCCCUCGAGGGGGUCCACCUCACCCUCCAGCUGUAUGUGGCGUCGAGCUCCAACUCUAAAGGUCGUCUCGUAGGUCGCGUCAUCAUCGGAUCCUUCAUGUUUGCACGAGGCCGAGCCCUGAACCACUGGAAUGAGGUCCUCUCGACGCCCAAGGAACCCAUACAGUUCUGGCACUCUCUCACGGAGUAG